UUUGGAUUUGUCAGGGGUUGUACUAGGUGAGUGCAGGUAGAGAAAACACAGCGGACCAUAAAAUAGCUGUGUACCAACGAACCCCCAGUCUGCCCCUGCUCUACAUAGCUGAACCAGGAUUAAAACAUUUUAGGACUGCAAUAUGACAAAUAAAAUCAGACAAUAGAUAAAAAAGAGAGAGGCUAAAACAGGGCUGCUAUGUUUGUUUAAAGCCCAGCAGAUGUUUUUUUUUUUCUUUUUCACAUCAGAUCAUAUAUAGUACAGUCCGCGAAACCAAAUCUAUUCAACAUUUCAAAACAUGAAAGAUCGCACCAGCUCGGAGCUUUGACGCGGAUUGUUUAAAGUGGAGCUCAAGUGUUUUGUGGGCUGUGGAAGAGUGGGAGGCGCCAUGUCGACAUUAAAAGUCCCAAACGAUUUCCACUCGGGUGCAGUUCAGUGACGAUGGGCCACUCCAACAACUGCCCCGAUCUGACGACCCGCUGGGACAGGAGGAAACAGCAAUGUGUGUCGUGCAAUUUCGCACCAGGGCGUGAAAUUACCCCUAACUGCGGCUUUGAUGACUACGGAGGGCGACACGAGCCCCCCACCACACCGUGCACAGGAAACACUUUUAAUGACGGCAGCAGAGCUUACUGUCAGCCGUGCACCACAUGCCCGCCGGGGUACGACACCGUCGGCCGCUGCAGCCUCACUGCAGACACCCAGUGCGGAGAAUCCAGAAGGCGGACGACCGAAGCUCCACACCAAGAGACGACGAAACCUCAGACAUUUUUCAGCAGGGCAUCAACGAUUCAGACAGAAUCCAGUUUAGCACCAAAGGCGGCAGCUACACCUGAUGUUCUGUGGGCGGUGCCACUGGCUAUCUGCAUUUCCAUCGCGCUUGUUGUGCUAUCUGUUUGUGCAAUCUACAUCAAGAGGAAAAGAGGUCAGAACAUGGUGUUGAGUUUUGACAGGAGGUCAUCGUACAUCAAUGCAGGGUUCUCCUCUCUCUCCAGCCCACCUGGUAACAAUGAUCUGGAGGACAUUCUGAGUCCUAUCGUCUUGGCAGCACCUCUUCAGACAGUGCUGAACAACCUGGACGUUCUGGAAGAGCUGGUGAUUUUGUUAGAUCCCGAAAGCCAUGGAGUAAAAAACACCAAACAUCUGGCCUCUCAUUGCUCCUUCCCCUCCACCUGGAUUACUUACACCUACUCUAUGAAGGACAGUAAGAGCCCUCUGAAAGCUGUGUUGGAGGGGGUUACCAGCAGGCACCCUGAAUGGACAGUAGGGCACCUGACUAAGAUGCUCAAACUUAUGGAGCGCAACGACGCCAUCGCUGUUCUGGCCAAACUCAGACUGAACGAUAUGGACGUGUAGCACUCCUACCAUCUCUAACUGCCAAACAACUUUCACUGUAGGGUUUGGACGGCAGAUGUUUGCCUUUCUCCGCUCAUGCCUGUGAGAGCCAAACUGUGCAGUUCAGAUGCUCAACUAAUUCCAGGAAACCACAAAGAAGAUCAUUUUGUGUCAUCGCUGCUAGGUUUGAAGUCACACAGCAGCGUCUUAGCGUACAUGCCACGGGCGCUACUUUUUUGUUCCAUUCUGGGAAUUUUCAAGGGCAGUACACAGAGCGUAAAUGGCACACACAGAAUUAGGACGCUGACAUAAAACAGCGAAAGGUAAAUGCAGUGAAGCGCAUUAGAGUGAUUUCAGACACAGCCAUAGCCAUUUAUCAGAGAGGAGGGGUCUAAGGAAAGAUGGUCUUAAGGUGCAUUAUGACAAGUGUAGGAGCCUCAAGUUGGAGCUUUCGUUUCUUAAUUUGUCUCUCAUGAGUUUUGAAAAUGUGCAAUACUACAGAAUUAGUGGCACAGAAAAGGAUUGAACUGGCAGCUACUCUGCAACCUGUUUCAAAGAGGUUUAUACUGAGAUGUGUCAUACAGGAAAGAAGUAGCUGCCAGUAAAAGCCUUUUUUUGAACCUUGUAGUGCUUACUUGUGAACAUAUUUUCUCAUUUGUCUGCCUUGAACUGCCCCCUUUUUUUUCUUUGUGCAAAGCUUCAAUAUUGGAAUCUUAAAUCACAUUUACCCCAUCUUUUUACAUUAAUAAUGAAAAUAAUGGAAUCUACUAUAACUAAUGAUUAUAUAAUAAAUGUUAAUUUUGUUUUUUUUAAAGCCUCUUGUAACAUUCCAGUUAAUGAUUAAUGCUUGACAUUACAUGUUUAUUUUUUACUACCACCUUUCAUAAUAAAAAAUGGAAUCUG